AUGUCGCACUCCUCUAGGGCCGCCGACCCAAUGCGGUCCAAAGGUAGCAACGUAGAGUUUCGAAGGAUGAGCACGCCUCUCAUAUCUACCAACUACAACUACAUGGACACAGCCUUAUCUCCGCCAAGGGUCUUCUCGCCACCGCCGACCCCUCGAAGUCCCCCUCCCCGACCAGACAGGUUAUCACUCCGCCUGAGAAGCAACUCUGGGAUGAAGUUACACACCAAUGAAGCAGCGCUCAGCCAGUACAUCGACUACCAGAGCAAUGGCCAGUACUCUGUGUACAAGGCCAACGGAUACGCAGGUUCGACCGUGGAGCUUGGACAACCUAACAUCGGUAGUGUGCUCUCACCCCGGGAUGCGCCGGCAAGCUCCCGGCAAACUGUGGCUUGGACAACAUCUGGCAUGACUUCUUCCUUGCCAUUUCUGGAUUUUCUUGGGAAGGACGCAUUCCAAAUGGCGAUAGAGAACCCCUCUGUUAUCCGUCAUUUCAUCAGAUACUGCGAACACCAAGGGUGCGAGGAAAAUGUGGAUUUCCUAAUGAAGAUCAGAGAGUAUAACUCCGCGUUGAAUGACAUGACCUCUGUCUUAACGAGUAUAUCAACAACGUAUACCGCAAUCGGCGCGUCCAUACCGUUGAACCUCCCCCCGAUGGUCUCGAGACCUCUAAAUGCAGACAUCAAGCGCAUUGCGCACUCUAUAAUACCUAGUCUCGAAUCGGUAUUUUUUGAGUCCAAAUCACAUAUUGAGAAUGAGCUCGCUCAGGAUGUCUUUCCCGGAUUCGUUAAAAGCCAGUUGGUGAACUGCACCUCGGCGGCUCUCGCCAGUGAAGCGCUUGGCAACUCUUCUCAAUGGCAGUACCCAGGACUUGGAACAUGUUUUAGCAUGACAGACGCUUCGGACUCCAAGAACCCGAUUGUUAUGGCUUCGGAUGACUUCGAGUCCCUGACUGGAUAUCCCUUGGCAGAGAUCAUUGGCCAAAACAGCGGAUUUCUCCAAGGACCGUUCACUGAUCCGGAAGCUAUUCGGCGAAUACAGGUGGCUAUGAGGAACCGACGGGAGUGUGUAGAACUUAUUCUGAAUCACCACAAGAACGGAGAGCCAUUCUGGAACCUUCUGUGUCUUCUACCACUCAAGGACGCGCAGGGCAUGGUUCAAUAUUGGCUUGGGGCGCAAGUAAACGUAUCCGACUGUAUGGGAAGUCGGAAAGACCUUUUGAGAGUCCUAAACGGCGGCCAACCCUUGGAGACCGACUCAAUCGACGGCUCAACCGUCUUGAGUGAUCCAUCCUCUGGACGAGAUACACCAAAUAAUGGGCGAUCUCGUAAGGGCAGCAUGGCGCAUAGCCGACGAGAAUCCAAAGCCUUCGGCACGUCACGGAAUCGGUUGUUCCCUACAUUUCGCAAGUCACCGCCGCCAUGUCCCCCUUCGCCGCCACCGGGGUCUGAUGUCGGCGAUGCUGUAUCGGUCACCGGCUCAAAGAAAUCAAAAACCUCUCAGUAUUCCUCACAGAGGUUUCAGCCACGACCGAAAGCGCAGAUAUCCAUCACCGCCUACUCACACUACAUGGUCCUCCGCUGCGUCAACGGAGGUGGAGCAACGAAUCAGAGAUUGCCAACGCCAAGUGUUCGGAAGAAGCACAGCACGAAGCUGAUGGUGGCCUUCUAUUCCGAUGCUGUCUCCGAGCUCCUUUCGGUCCGGUCCGACAUAUCCCAAGCGGAUGUGUUCCAUGUCCUAGGUGAGAAGGCGAACUCGCCAUCGGUAACCAAAGCCUUCAAAUCCUCGGUCCGCGAGGGCAUAGACGACGGCGAGUCCGUCAGUCUCGAACUGCUACUAGAGAGGGGUCGGAAGCGGAGAGCGAGCGCCGUAAGCAACAGCACACGGCCGACGUCUUACGAACUGGACGUGACCCAGAACGACGAACGUUCCGAUCGCAAAUCGGCAAAGCUGUCAAAGCAUGAAAAGCUCUGGAGUCACUGGACUCCGAUGAAAGAUGGUAAUGGUAAUGUGGAUUGGGUUGUUUUGAUUAUUAGUCCGGGAGCAUAG